CCAGAGUUCAUUGACCAGUAUGCCUUCUCCAGACCAGUUAUUCUCCAAGGAAUAACCGACAAUACGGAAUUUCAGACUUAUUGCACUAAGGAGAACCUGUUGGCCACGUUCGGAGAUCGGCUGGUUCGCCUGAGCACCGCCAACACCCAUUCCUAUCGCAAAGUUGACCUGCGCUUCCAGGAUUAUGUGGAGCAAUUGCUGGAACCUCAGGACACAGCUUCUCUGGGGAGUGAAACACUGUACUUCUUUGGGGACAAUAACUUCACUGAGUGGGGUCCUCUCUUCCAGAAGUACCGGCCCCCUCCGUUCCAGCUUCCAGGCACUAUCGGAGCGUACAGUUUUGGGAUUGCUGGGUCUGGCUCUGGUGUGCCUUUUCAUUGGCAUGGUCCGGGAUACUCCGAGGUGAUCUUUGGUCAAAAGCACUGGUUUCUGUAUCCCCCGGAGAAAACACCAGAGUUCCACCCCAACAAGACUACUCUGUCUUGGCUGCUGGACACCUACCCUUUUCUGCCACCCUGGGAGAGGCCAAUUGAAUGCACCAUUCACCCUGGAGAGGUCCUAUUCUUCCCAGACCGCUGGUGGCAUGCCACCCUCAACUUGGACACCAGCGUUUUCAUCUCCACAUUCCUAGGUUAGGGUGUCCCCUCUUCUGGACACCACUAGUUACUCCGGCAGCUGAAGGAAGACACUUGAUUUCUCUUUUUGGUACACAUGGACAGCCCUGGUGAUGCUACUGGACUCUCUCGUGUGGCAUUGUGUAUGGCUCCGGUGUGAGAAGGAAAACUGUGAUCAAUGGGUGGGUAUUUGGCCAGUUUCCAGUGGACCAACUAGGGCCUGUGGAAAUGCUAGAUGGUCCUUGACCUGAUCCAGCACAAGUGCUCGUAACCAAAAUGGAAUCCAGAGUGGCCUUCAGUGUAAGUUCAUUAUCCCUUGACAGUCAAGCCCUCAUGUAAGUACAUUUGUGUUUAUCAGUUAAAAACACAGUGCUGGUAACCAAAAGGUAGACCACACAAAGGACCCUGCCCAGUGGGCACUGACUUUCCAGGAGCCCUCAGACCCAGUCCAAGUGAUGGGCACUUCCUGAAUUUAUUGUUGAAGGCUUUCACAGCCGGAUUCAACUGUUGUUGUGGGUUUUCCUGGCUGAUACCAGACCACGGCCACACAGCCCGGAAAACCCACAACCACCAAUUUCCUUAAUUGGCUAAGCGUUGCUUCCCAUUAAGUAUCACCACAAGGCCCAAUAACGGUGUCUCCACAUUUUAUAAAGAACAGCCAGGGGAGGAACAAAUUCCCAGAGUGAAAUUUUUGGUGCUGGUCUGAGGUUCAAACUGUCCUGCUUAUUCACGCUGGUCUCCUACAUAAGAGAGGCUGAAGAACGGAUUUCUAAACACUUCUCCCAGUUUCAAAAGCAGGAACUGAGAUUACGCCAAACUCUUCCUUCUCCAAAAAAUAAGGGACUCAAUCCAAGCCCAUUCUCAAAAUUUCAGGGCACAUGUUUUCUUAAAAAGGGACAACCGUUUGCAUCUCUUUCUCGCAUUACAGACCCCCUCGCUAUUCUAUUCCUGAGAGACACUGCCCCCGCCCCUCAAACUACAAUUUGGGAGGUUUACAGGGCUGCUGCUAGCAGAAAUCAUUACCCUACUCUUCAAAAACCCCUUUAGGUGUCUUAACUGUGGUCAUACAGAGGUCGGUCUCUGUACUUUUAAAAAUAUGGUCAGAAAACCAACAAUUCUGAAAACAGGAAGAGUCAUUUAAAAAAGGAACUAUAUUAGGCCAAAGGCAUUUAGUAGCAAUCCGUCCAUUUCCCCAGGUUUUGAAAUAGGGCAGCGAUUAGAAAUGCCCGUUUAAGAUUUUACAAAGCUUGAUUCAAGAAGUGGGACCUUAUGAGUCAGGCCCAGGUGGGGGAGCACUUUUAAAUUUUGCGUUGACCCGACAGCCUACGUCCAAAGCCCCUCACCCCAAAGUGUAGUAGGACCAGCUGAUGAUAGUACCAGCAAUGAAGGAAAUGCUAACUUUGCAUUUGAACUGUUCAUGGAUUUUAUUCCCAGCACCAUCUCCCAAAAAUAUGCACUAGGGAUGGGGGCAGAGGGAGAAGUCCUGUCUUAUUUAUUAUUAAAUGGAGAUGCUGUAACACCGUGA